AUGGCCAUCGAGCAGGACUACUCGGCGCCAGCAGGGCACACUCCCAAAGGUGGAACCUCUUUGCUGCGGGAAUCUCAAAUGAGAUGCCCAUUUGCAGAGCGGAAUGUUAAUCCAGGUCCAGGUGUUAACGCGACAGAGUUCUAUUUCAAUGACGAGGCUUGGCAUGUGGCACCCUGCGUUGGAAGCAGACCUCCAGCCCGGGCUCAAGACUGGCCACACAUGGGAGGCCCGGCAAUUUGGGCAUCUCUUGAACGAGAAAAGGCCCAAACCCCCAAACCCACGAGGGAUGGUUCUUGCUGGCCUCCAAGUUUGACCGAGAUUGACAAUGAUGGACCCAAAGCCGUGUUGCCAACGAACCAGAAGACCCAGCUGCUGACGCGAGCCUGCCGAUCUGUAUUUGGAUUCAGUCAGAAUCCGUCCUUCUGGGUUGGAGCAAGAGAGCAAGCCAGGACAGUUUUGGAUCGCUUUGCCCUUCAAGUCUUUUGGUUCCAUACUUCCAGGCUAUCCAUCUCCGAUGCUGUUACAAAGUUCCCCAACGCCGGAGCUGAAUUUUGGGUCCAGCGCAGGGGCCCUGAACAAGCUGCGUCAGAACGUGGGAUGGACUGGCACUUCGACAAGGAUGAAGAUCUUCUAGAUCAAGCAGAUUUGACGGUCAUGCCCUGUGUGGGAACUGUGACCUACUUCAGCAGUCAAGGGGCGCCCCUGGUGGUCUUGUCGGAACCACGACUCAAUGGUCCACUGGCACUCACAGUAGAUGAUGAGGUCACUGCAUAUGCUGUGCAGCCCAUGUGCGGUCGCCAUGUAGCCUUCGAUGGUAGUCUUCUUCAUGGCUGUCCAGCACGGUUUGCCCCUAAAGCGGAGAGGCUGUCGUUGGUGGUGAACCUGUGGUUUGAGCACAAACCAUUGGGAGUGAGCAGCACUAUGAGCUGGAGAAAACAAAGGUUCCACGACAAAGAUUGGAUGGAUCCACAACACGACCUGAGCGAGGACUACUUCUUGGCUAAAGAACCUGCAAUCUUGGAGCGGCUCGAGGCCCCUUCAGCCGGUCCAGUCCUGCCGGUGGACUUUGGACCUUGGAAUAUCUCGGGCGUUCACCUGCCAGACAUCAGAGACGUCCAGGACGGAUCCAAAAUUCUGGCUGUCCAACACGGCAGGGAUCAGGUGAAAGUGCAGUUGCCAGUGAUCGAACCCAUGAGGUUCUCGAAGAAUACACGGAGGCUGGCGCUCUAA